AAAGUUUAAUAUUAGUAAUAAUAGUAAUGAAUAAUAUCCAAUCCGAUACAUUCACAUUGCUACGUGGCAGCAGCCCAUUUUGCCUCUUAAAUUUCCGGGGCCCCCAUUAUUCAUGGUGGCUACUGCUGGCUAUGAAACAAAGCGCAGUCUCAGACACAGCGAGAGAGAGAGAGAGAGAGAGAGGGAGUAAUCACAUCAAAACUCUCUUAAAAUGGCAGGGAUUAUUGGUUGCUGCUGUUCUUCAACACUCUCUUCUCGGAGAGAGAAAUGGAAUGUUGAAUUUACAUGUAUUUGGGAAUAAGAGAUUUGGGGAUGUCUCUUUCAGCAAUUUGCGGACAUCUUGGUUUGUAUUUGAGAGUCAUAGAGGACAGAACAUGACAGGGAAACUGAAACCAGUUGGUCGAAGAAAUUUGGUAAUUAAAGCGGAAGUGAAUUAUGUUAAUGCUGAGGAAGCCAAGGAGCUUGUGGCAGUUGAGGGAUAUUCAAUCCUGGAUGUGCGAGACAAAAGACAAUAUGAUCGAGCACAUAUCAAAUCGUGUUAUCAUGUUCCCAUCUUUAUCGAAAACAACGACAAUGACCUCGGCACAAUAAUAAAGAGGACAGUGCAUAAUAAUUUUUCGGGUUUGUUCUUUGGUUUGGCUUUCACUAAAUCCAAUCCUGAUUUUGUGCAAUCUGUAAAGAGCCAGUUUUCACCAGACAGUAAACUGUUGCUUGUCUGUCAGGAAGGACUGAGGUCUGCCGGUGCUGCUAACAAGCUGGAAGCUGCUGGUUUCCAGAAUAUAGCAUGCAUAACAUCAGGGCUUCAGUCGGUAAAACCAGGGAUAUUUGACUCUGUUGGUUCCACUGAGCUAAAAGAUGCAGGCAAGGGCGGAUUGGUUACAGUUCAAGGCAAGAUCUCAGCUGUUCUUGGAACUGUACUUAUCUGCGCAUAUCUUUUCAUAACCUUCUUCCCCGAGCAAGCAGAGAAGCUGCUCCAAAUGGCCCCUGCAAGCUAAGCCCUUAGACGGAACCCAAAUUUUGCUGUGUUUCUCUUUGUUUCUCAUGUGAUUCGAGGAAUUCAAAGUUCGGAUAUUUACAUCAAAAAAUUUGUAACUGAAAGAAGAUAAAUGGGUAAUGUUGUUUAUUAUUUUGGUAGUGCAAGACACCUGAUUUAGAUUUAUUUUUUUUAUUUUUGAAAUUUUGUGUGUGGAUGCUACCGUUUGCAAAAAAUGUAGAGUAAUUGAGAAUA